AUGUUCAGCCUCGUCAGGUCCCUCAGCAGUUGCAACAACAACAACAACAACAACAAACAACAACAACAACAACAACAACACUGGACUGCAACCUCUCUUGACAACAACAACAACAACAACAAAAACAACAACAACAACAACAACAACACUGGACUGCAACCUCUCUUGACAACAACAACAACAACAACAAAUGUGCAACAACAACAGCAACAACAUGCCCCACAGCAGACCCAACCACAACCGCAGCAGCAGCAGCCGCCGCAGCAGCAACGUGUGCAGCAGCAGAUUCAUCAGCAAGGGCAUCCUCAAGCUCAAACACACCAGCAACACGCGCAACAACCUCAACACCCCCAGCAUCCUCAACAGCAUAUCCAACAGCCGCAACAACAGCAACAGCAACAUCAUCCACAACUCCAGCAUCCCCAAGCUCAGUUGCAACCGCCUCAGAUCCAACAGGGGCAUCCGAGCCCGCAAGCUCACCAACAACAGCAGUUUGCUCGUCCUCAACACACGCCCUCCCCGGCACCCACCACUCAAGCCCAAUUCUCGAUGCCGCCGUCUCAGCAACGUACACAGCCCGUCACUGGUCCUGCUUCCCAGCCGGGUUCACCUUACGUGCCUCAGAACUACGCCACUACUCCUCAGUCGAACGCGGCCCCGACACCGCCAGCUGCUAGCCCCAAGUUCACGACGACACAGUCGCCUGGUCUGCAACAAUACAACCAGUCUUUCACAAACGGAAGCGCUUCUCAGCCAUCCACACCGUUGGCUGUGCCUUCCCCGGGUCCAACCCCGGCUACAACCCCUGGACCAGGUCCUACUGUUCAACAUGGCGCGGGCUUGCAGAUGCCUGAGAGUAGGCUAUCUAUGCCUCCAGUCCAACCGGCUUCAACAACGCCUGGCCCAGUAACACCUGGCUUGGCAACGCCAUCAUUAGCUCCGCCUAAUUUGUCCGCCCAUGGGCCCACAACUCCUCAGCAAGCCCAUGCCAUGGGGGUCCAGGCCGCUCAGAAUACGCAGAACCAGCAGUAUACGACGGCUACCAUGGCACCUAUUGGCCCACCACCACCAGCUCCGACAACUCCCGCCGGCGGUGCCAUGGGCCCCCCUCAGAAGCCUGUUGAGCGACCGGUGAAGGAAACUGAAUAUGAUGUUACCGACUCUUUGGCUGGUACCGGUGUCGAUUUGCGUGCUGAGGAGCAGGCAUUGGCCGACUACUAUGCGGGAUCUUUCUCUCAGGACGCCAGGACCGGCCUGCCCGCGAACCCACCAGGAACUAAGGCUUCUUUCUACGGUGCUGGGUGGGCCAACCAGACGUCGCAGCCUCUCGACGGCAAGAGCCAGGAGGAGUUUGAGAAGGAGUUGGCAAAGAAAGCUUGGGAUGAAGCGGCACAUCGGUUGGCUCUGACAAGGGCAAAUGAGAUGAAAACGCCUUUCUUAGAGGUGCCCGCACUACACUGGAAGGCGCAAAAGAUUGCCAAGGAGUACGGCUUGGAGCUCAACAGCGAGCUCAAGGGCGGCAGUGCGGUCAACAAGAGCAAACCAGCCAACGACCCUUCGUCAACGCAGCCCAAAGUCACGGUGAGCACAAAGACGGGCGAAGGUGGUGCUCUUGUUGCUGUCUACAACACCUGGAUCCCGCAUGAUUCAUAUCUGAGUGAUCAAAUAGCCUUAUUGUCGAUUGCUACAAAGCACAGGAUUCGGCAGAUCAUUGAGUCUGCGCAUACCGUUGCGAUCAACCGCCAGACGACAUCUCGUGGAGAGGUUCCGGCGGAAUGGGCUGAUGUGGCCGUGCCUUUGAAGACGGGGCUUAAUGAAGCCAUUCAAGAAGGCAUGGAAGCCGCCGCUGGCGUCGGUCCUCAGCCCAAUCCCCUGAAGCGCUCCUACGACGCUGCCAAACUCAGCGACCCCAACAUUAACAAAAAUAUCCUCACCACCGCCCUGCGCGAAACUGCCCGCGCCGACCGCAACCUCGAAGAAGCCCGUCUCCGCAAGCGCCAAAAGCGUCAAAACCCAGACAUAGCAGCUGGCGGUACCGGCUCUCGUGCCGGCUCCGUGGCUCCGGGUACUCCCACAGCCGCCGACAUGGACGGCAAGCUGCUCUCAAAGAAGGAACUCAAGCGCGGCGCGGCAGCCGCCAAGCUAGCCGAAGCCUCCUCCACCGCCUCAGCCAACCAAACCCUCAACGCCAUCAUGGGCGGCUUCGGUCGCAAGAAGGGCAAGUCCUACUCAUGGAUGAACGCCGGCGCCGGCGGCGGUGGUGGAGGUGGCGGAUCAGGUGCUAGCACUCCCCGCACAUCUCUAGGUGGUGAUGGUCUUUCCACGCCAGCUGGCAAGGGUGGCGCAGGGGGAGGAGGAGCGGCGGAUAACAAACCGCAGCAACUUACCUCGGAAAAUCAGAAGAAUCGUCUUGGCAUGUGGAGAGAGAAUGCAGACCAAGGGAAGAAUAUCCAGCUGAGAGAUUACCUGGCGGCGCUGGAGAUGGAUGGGAUUGAAGUAAGAGCUAUCCAGGAGGCGUAUACACGGCUUGAUGAGCCGCCAAGGACAAAGGUGGAUGAGGUUAAGUAG